AUGCCUUUGAGAAACAAAAUUAAGUUAGACUUUAAAGAUGUCUUGGUUCGACCAAAACGUAGUACACUUCGGAGCAGAUCAGAUGUAGAUUUAAAGAGAGAAUACAUAUUCCGCAACUCCAAACAAAAAUACUUUGGAAUUCCUGUAAUAGCUGCAAAUAUGGAUACUACAGGUACAUUUGAAAUGGCUUUAGCACUAUCUCAGCAUUGUCUGUUCACUGCCAUACACAAACAUUACACAUUAGAGGAAUGGCAGACAUUUGCCCAGGAAAACCCAAGUUGUUUGGAGCAUGUGGCUGUUAGCUCUGGUAGUGGAGAAACAGAUUAUAAAAAGACAAAGAGUAUCUUGGCUGCCAUUCCAGAUAUAAAGUAUAUUUGUUUGGAUGUGGCUAAUGGCUAUUCUGAACACUUUGUCGAUUUUGUGAGAAUUGCGCGAAAAGACUUUCCAAAUCAUACUAUCCUGGCAGGCAAUGUUGUUACUGGAGAAAUGGUAGAAGAGCUUAUUUUAAGUGGUGCUGAUAUCAUCAAGUUGGCAUUGGACCCGGUAUUUUAAUGUAAUUAUAAAUAGAUGAUAAGGUACGUACUCACAGGGUCAGUUUGCACUACAAGAAAGAAAGCUGGUGUUGGGUAUCCACAACUUAGUGCUGUAAUAGAAUGUGCUGAUGCUGCACAUGGCCUUGGUGGUCAUAUUAUUUCAGAUGGUGGCUGUACAUGUCCUGGAGAUGUUGCUAAAGCAUUUUGUGCAGGAGCUGAUUUCGUUAUGUUAGGGGGGAUGUUUGCUGGUCAUGAUCAAUCUGGUGGUGAACUUAUAGAAAGAGAUGGAAAAGAAUACAAACUAUUUUAUGGUAUGAGUUCAGCUACUGCAAUGAAACGAUAUGCAGGGGGUGUGGCUGAAUAUCGAGCGUCUGAGGGUAAGACAGUUGAACUGGAAUACAAAGGAGAUGUUCAUCAUACUGUCUUGGAUAUAUUAGGUGGUAUAAGAUCAACGUGCACAUAUGUUGGAGCUGGUAAACUCAAGGAGAUCAGUAAACGUACUACAUUUAUACGUGUAACUCAACAGACUAAUGAUAUCUAUCAUUAA